AAUAAAACUUCAAACGCUCUCUUUCUCUCUCUAUGUGUGUUCCUCGAAACCCUAGCUAGUAUUUGUUGAUCUGAAACAUUGCUUUCUUAUCAUUUAUUUGAUUCUCUGUAUGGUAUCAGAGUCGAGACCACUGUUGUGUGUCCUGGUAAGACUAUCAUAGUAAAUGAACAAGUGUAGCAGUGCGAUAGACAACACAAGAUCAAUCCAUGACAUGCCAAAUGGGAUCUUGGGCUUUCAACUUAUGAAGGAGCAUUAUGGUACAAAUAAUGAGAUGAUUGAGAUCAUGAAUAAGUGUUCUAAGAGAGCUCAUGGAGACUACAUGGUGCAAAAAGGAUUCUUGUUCAAGUGCAAUCGGCUAUGUGUUCCAAAUAUGGCUUUUAUGGGAUGUAUUGAUAAGAAAGACUCAUGGUGGAAGUUUGCCAGGUCACUUUGGUAUUCACAAGACCUAAGAGAUGCUCAAGGAACACUUUUAUUAGCCUAAGAUUGAAAAGAACUUGACCUACAUUCAAUAAUCAAGUUCCAACACUUCAAGCUUCAACAAGCAAAUCCAAGCCCAAGCUUAUCCUCUUUACCAUUUGGCCAUUCAAGCUUCAAUAGGCUCAAGUCUUUCAUUUAAGUGAAAUUUGAUCACUUGGAUCCAAACUUGCACAUAGGCCCAAUAGAGUUAAUUGUGUGUCUAAUUAAAUUAUGUUUUAAUUUUUGUGUAACUGAACUCUAUUUGUAGCAUAUUAGUUCAUCAUGGGAAUUGCAAUCAAGUCAAAGGAGGCUUUAGUGGAAGAGACAAAGAUGACAAUUAGCAAGCUUAAGAAUUACCCAAUUCAGCAAGGGCUAAGGAUGACACCUUGGGCAACCACUUAUCCCCUUUCCUUUUUGAGCAUGUCACAUAAUCUAAUGUUAUUUGGGUUGAGAUCUCAAAGAGCCUUACUUUAUUAUUGUUUGAAUUCAAAUUUAGCUUAGUUUUUUGUAGUUUGUAGCCCUUAUAAAGACUAAAAACUCAUUGUAACUCAUUUGACUUGCAUGAAUGAAAGUUAUCUUAAGUAUUUUU